AUGACCAACCCGAUCGCCGAAGCGGAGAGCAUCUUCGGGCCCACCUGCCCCACUCCGCUGUGGACUCCCUCCGCCCCGGAGGCCACCAACAUGUUCGCCUUCAUGCAGAUGGUCAACAACCGCCACGGCCUGAACCUGGCCUCCUACCCCGAGCUGCUCGAGUGGUCCACCGACCAGAUUGACCUUUUCUGGUCCGCGGUUUGGGACUUCACCAACAUCAUCUCCUCCACGCCGGCCCCUUCGGCCUCUGGCGCCAUGGUUGUCCCGAAGGACGCCCAUCCGGCCGACGUGCCGGUCUGGUUCCCCGAGGCGCGCCUCAACUACGCCGAGAAUUGCCUGUGGCCGGCUCACGUCGAUAAUGGCAACUCCAUCGCCAUCUAUUCGGCCAGUGAGACCCGCCCUCUGGAGAAGGUCACCUUCGCUGAGCUGCACACCCGCGUGCAGCGCUGCGCCGCGGCCCUCCGUGCGGCCGGCGUCACCGUCAAUGACCGUGUGGGUGGCUACAUCGCCAACUGCAUCGAGGCUGUCGUGGCCAUGCUGGCCACCAUCAGCAUUGGUGCCAUCUGGUCCUCCACGUCCCCGGACUUCGGCACCAAGGGUGUCCUCGAGCGCUUCUCGCAGAUCAAGCCGAAGGUCAUCUUCACCGUCAACGCCGUGGUUUACAACGGUCGGACCUUCUCCCAGAAGGAGAAGCUCGAGGAGAUCAUCAACAACUUGCCUGAGGUCGAGCACGUUGUCAUCGUUCCCUUCCACCCCAAGGAGCCCGUGGACCUGUCCAUCCGCUCGAGCAUCACCUUCGACGAUUUCAUGUCCACCGGUCGCAAUGGCCCCGGUGAGGCGGACUUCCCGCCCCUGGUCUUCGAGCAGCUGCCCUUCAACCACCCGGGCUUUAUCCUUUUCUCUUCCGGCACCACCGGCAACCCCAAGUGCAUUGUCCACUCCACUGGCGGGCCGCUGCUCCAGCACAAGAAGGAGCAUAUGAUCCAUGGUGAUGUGUCCCCGAAGGAUGUUGUCUUCCAGUACACCACCACCGGCUGGAUGAUGUGGAACUGGCUGGUGUCCACCCUGAGCGUGGGUGCGGCCAUCGUCCUCUUUGACGGGUCUCCCCUCCGCCCGUCUGGCUACUACCUGUACCAGCUGGCUGAGGAGCUUGGGGUCACUUGCUUCGGCGCCAGCGCCAAGUACUUCGCCGCCAUCGAGGAGGCCGGUAUCCAGCCCAACACCAAGCACGAUCUGUCGAAGAUUCGCUCGGUCUACUCGACCGGCUCGCCCCUCAAGCCGGAGAGCUUCGACUUCAUCUACGCCUACAUCAACAAGGACCUUUGCCUGGGCUCCAUCACCGGUGGUACCGACAUUGUGUCUCUCUUUGCCGGGCACAACACCAUGCUGCCCGUGUACCGCGGCGAGAUUCAGUGCAUCUGCCUCGGCAUGAAGGUCGAGUGCUGGGAUGAGGAGACCGCCAAGAGCGUUCCUCGCGGCAACAAGGGUGACUUGGUGUGCACCAAGCCCUUCCCCUGCGCCCCGGUCUACUUCUGGAAUGACUCGGAUGGCUCCAAGUAUCGGUCGGCCUAUUUCUCCAACUUUGAGAACGUCUGGUACCAUGGGGACUUCAUGGCAAUCAGCCCCCAUACCGGUGGUAUCCUCAUGCUCGGCCGCAGUGAUGGCACCCUGAACCCGGGUGGCAUUCGCAUUGGCACCGCCGAGCUGUACAACCUGAUCGAGCCCUAUGAGCAGAUCGCCGACUGCCUGGUUGUUGGUCAGCCCAUGCACGAUGACGAGCGUGUCAUCAUGUUCCUCCAGAUGGCCGAGGGCCACGAGCUGGACGACAACCUCAUCAACAAGAUCCGCCUUCACAUUCGUAGUGAGCUCUCCCCGCGGCAUGUCCCCUCGUUCAUCCUGCCGGUUGCCGACAUCCCCCACACUACCAAUGGCAAGAAGGUCGAAGUCGCGGUCAAGCGCAUUCUCGGGGGACAGGACAUCGUCCCCAGCGGUGCCAUCAGCAACCCCGAUUCCCUGCAGAUCUUCUACACCUUCCGGAACACCACCCUCAAGGUUGAGUAG